AGCUAAAAGAUUUUCCGAUAUUUGCAAAUUCGUAAUCAUGAGAAGUUUAGCUCUGUGUCUACUGCUUAUUCUCCAGGCUUCUGGAGACAGGACCUCUGUUGAUGAUAUCUUGGAUUUAGCUGAUGGGGACGAGUGUCCUAAAGGUACCUGGUCUGUUAACGGAACACACGUUGAAGGAUAUGAAGAAUGUGAACAGUGCUACGAGGGUGAGUUCGCCAAUAUGGAGGGUAGUAUUGCCUGUGAUAUGUGUCCCGCCGGUACUUACACCCCCGAGAUGGGGUACUGGGAGUGCAUGAAGUGUUCUGCUGGAGCGAUCACAACAGAGACUGGUGGCUACGAUUGCUUCCCUUGUGGUAAAGGAAAGCACAGUCCCGUUGAGGGUGGAACCGUCUGUGAGGAAUGUCUCCCCGGACACUUCCAGGACGAAGAAGGAGCAGCAGGGUGCAAAGUCUGCUCGGCUGGCCAAUACCAGGAUGUUGCUGCUUCUACCGACUGCAAACUCUGCCCAGCAGGAACUUCUUCCCCAGCGCAGAGCGGAGCUGUUACUGCUUGUGUUGACUGCCCUGCCGGCAGCUACUCCCCUGUUAACGGCUCUGAGUGCCUCCUCUGUCCCGUCCUGAAGUACGGGGAUGCAGCUGGAGCUACCGCCUGUAAGGACUGCCCCUCAAACUCUGAUAAAGAAGGAGCUACCGACUGCACCCUUGCCUGCCCCGAGGGCCAGGUCCCUGUUGAUGGAGUUUGUGAAGCUUGUGAUGCUGGUUCCUUUGCCUUACUUGGCGCUGAUUCGUGCACCAAAUGCUCCAAGGGCUACUACAGCAACAUUUCAGGAGCUGCUAGCUGUAGCAUCUGCCCCGUGAAGACCUAUGGUGCUGAAGAGGGCAUGACAGCAUGUCUGCCAUGUGACGGUAACGAUGCAGAGGGUAUGACUGAGUGUAAGAUCGUGUGUCCAGCUGGUCAGAUCGUGAAGGAUGGUAAAUGUGAGGCUUGUGCUGCCGGACAGUACGAGAUUGAAGGAGAGUGCUUGCCUUGUGCUGCCGGAUCAUUCUCCGACCAAGCUGGCUCGGUGUCCUGUAUCCUGUGUGGUGCUGGACAUUACAGUGCUAAGGGUGCCGCACAGUGCGUGAAAUGUUCUGUUGGACAGUUCCAGGACAGGACAGGACAGGCUUAUUGUGAGGACUGUGCUGCUGGAUACUACGGACCUGCCGCCGCUGCCGCUAGCUGUGUCAAGUGUGCUGCCGGUUUCUUCAACUCACAACAGGGACAGGCUGCUUGCCAAGAGUGUCCAGCUGGAACCAUCACCGAGAUUGAGGGUCAGCUCUCCUGCCAGGAAUGUGAUGCCGGAAGCUACUCCAUCUCCUCCUCUCAAUGUGAGCUGUGUCCUGCCGGACAGUUCUCUGACGAUAAGGCUGCCGUGUGCUCACUCUGUGCUGCCGGCUCCUACACCCCUUAUGAAGGAUCUUCUGGUUGCAUGCCCGCCCCUGCUGGUAAAUACGUAGACUCCGAGGGUGCUGUUGAUGCUAAGGUCUGUCCAGCAGGAAGUUACUGUGAGGAGGGCUCUGUCGCUCCUACUGACUGCCCAGCAGGAAGUAUCUGCGGAGAAGGAUCCUCUUCUGGAACACCCUGUCCUAUUGGAACCUACAACCCCAACGCUGGUUCUGUCUCACUUGAUGAGUGCGUUGUGUGUCCUGCCGGGAAAUACUGUGACCAGGCUGGUUUAGUAGCCCCCUCCGGUCUCUGCAGUGCUGGAUAUUACUGUCCUGCUGGCAGUGAAUCUGAUCAAGAGGAGAUUAGCCCUGCUGGUCACUACUGCCCAGAUGGUUCAGCUGAACCCACACCUUGUCCUAGAAGUACUUACAAUGAGCUGACUGGUGCUGUAGCUGCUAAUGGCUGCAAAGCUUGCCCAGAGGGUAAAGAAACUGCUCAGAAAGCAGCAACUUCCGCCGACCAAUGCAAAGAUAUCAACUGUGUUCCGGGAUACUUCAGGGAUCCUGAUCAAGGCUGCCAGAUCUGCCCUAAGGGUACAUUCAGCAACAUUGCAAAUGCUGUCGCUUGUAGGUCCUGUCCUAGACACCAGUACAACUCUGUUGAAGGAGCUGUACAGUGCAUGCAGUGUCCAGACACUGCAUUCACAUGGUCUGAAAGAACUGACUCUCUGGAUGGCUGCAUUGGACCCGUUAUAGAGGUGUGCACCGGAGAAGACAUGACUGGAAACUGCUACCGUUACUACGACAACGAAAUGCUGGUAAAUGUCACAGUAAAAUCUGUCAAGGUUAUAAGCGGAGAGUUUGAUUUGUUCGACUUAUCCAACAAGAGGGGAUACUACACAAAGCUUGCAGAGAGACACGGAGCUCACAACGUGAAUCAACUUGGAAGACUCUCCAACGUCGGAUCCUUCGUUGCCCUCAUAAACGACGUGUUCUGCAGCCUGGACCAGGGCUGGAAGUACCAUGGAUCUAUCCGGAAGACCUCAAAGUCUGGCAAGGCCUGCAUCAACUGGAAGAGGACCCCUCUGGCUGGCAGAGCGGCUCCAAACCACUUCUGCCAGAAUCCUAACGGAAACCAUCUCGCUGCCAAACCCUUCUGUUACAUCAGCGAAACAGAAACAGAGGAAUGCGACAUUCCAUCCUGCAUCUGGGACAUGGACUGCUUUACCGGUAACGGAGUCCAAUACCGAGGAAAGGUUGGUGACACAAUCAGUGGACACGUCUGCCAGAACUGGAACACUGACUACCCUGUUAUCCACAGCUACCACUCUCCCGAAUACAACUGGGCUGGUGUAGGAGAGCACACAAAGUGCAGGAACCCGAGCCCGGAGAGCGAGGGUAGACCCUGGUGCUUCAAGGACUACUUCUGGUCUUGGUUUGAGAUCUGGGAUUAUUGUGAUAUUCCUGCCUGCUCCAGAGCCAAGUUUGAUUUCUACCGUUUCUAA